AAAACAGAUAAACGUGUUGCGUUGCACUGGUUUGUUAGCAACAGUACGAAUAAAUAUUAGAAUGCGGCCGCAAAAGACGAUAUAAUGGAUGAGGGUGAAAUCAAAAAGAUUGUGAGAGCGUCCUCGUUUCUCAGCAUAAAAGAUCUGCCAUCGCAUGUAAAUAUGUCUGGAAAGCUGGAGAUUCAAUGGUCUCCUAUAUCCAACCGUUUUAUAACUUGGGGCUCCGAUAUCACUUUGUACGAAGUCCAACCCUUGCGGGACUCUCACACUCAAGUAUCAGGCGUGACAAAAAUUUCCAACACAUCAUGCGCCCACAUAAUCGCGACAAAUCCGAACCACCUGUACGUAAAAAGCAUAGACAUCUACCCCAAACCGCACUCAGACCUGUUGAUGGCAAUCGGCAUAUCGAACGGCAAAGUCCUCCUCUCCACCUUCGGACCCUCCGAGUACGACCUAUUCGGCUACCCGGGCAAAGAACUGGUACCGCGACACGGCCGCCAGUGUAACGAGGUCUGCUUUAAUCCGAACGAGCCCAACUUAAUUGCCGCCGUUUUGGACAAACACCGCCAGGACAAUUCGGUGCUGGUUUGGGACAUUGCGAAGCUGGCCAACGAUCAGAACACGUCGAAGAUGGCGUUCCCCAUGAGCGGAGACUACGUGCGGCCCGUUGCCGAGUACGGGAACGCCGAGUUCGCGCACAGCGUCUCCUGGUUCAGGAACUGUAGCAAACAACUUGCCUGCGGUAUGAAUCUUAAGUACAUUAGGAUUUAUGAUAUGAGGGAUCACAUGAAACAUAUCAGAGUUGCCGCCACUAAAGCCGUCUACGGAGUUUGCAUUAAUCCAAAGGAUGACAGACAAAUAGCCUCGUAUAACGAUAAUCAGAUAUCCAUUUGGGAUACCAGAAACUUCGAAAAACCCGUUUUAGUAAUGCCACCCAUGAAACCGAUUUUGAAAAUUGCAUGGUGCCCCACAAAAGUAAAUACUAUAGCAGUUGUGCAAAAGGAAAGUGCUGUCGUGAAUUUGUAUGACAUUCAACAGGCCACAGUACUCAACGAGGACGUGGAGCCUGCCAUACUUGAAAGGGUUGUUGUUCCUAGCAGUGGAUUUCAUAAUAUUGCCUCAUUUUCGUGGCAUCCCACUGAUGAGAAUAGAUUUUUAUCCAUUGCUGUAAAUGGAGUAAUAUCCGACUACACCGUAUACGAUAGAAUUACCUUAAACUGGUCACCUUUAUCCAACGUUAUUUGGACAUACGGGCGCAAAACUUUAAAGUACGUUAAGGACUUUUCUACUGAAGAUAUUUCAUACACAAUUAAAGAGAGGGCUAAAAACAAUUACGGAUUAGAGGAGGAUUUAGAUAAAAACGGACGUGCCAUAGACAAUGACGGCAUGCUAUCAACGGUGUGGACGUGGCUAUAUCUCAGCGCGAAACUUGUGGACGACGGUACGAUACGUGCAACAUCGAUAAAACACCCAGGCGUCAAAACUAUCAUCACCAUCGAUCCUGAAAACAAUAAAUCCGAAACGGUCGUUCAAACUUGGGCAGAACUGGGCAACCCCAACUGUCAAGGCACAGCUAAAUACUACAAGCAUAAAGACAGAGAAGAAGCUAUCAAAUUGUGCGGCUGGCCGGUGGACCUUCUACCUAAAUAUUUAGAGAACUUAGAACGAGAAUGCGAGUUCACAAGGGCCGCAGCCAUCUCAGUGUUCAAUUUGAAAAUUAAGUCCGCUAUCGAAUUGCUUACCAGAGUGCCGGACACGUCCGACUAUUCGUCCAGUUUAAACAUAGUGGCUGUGGCUUUGGCCGGCUUCUCCGACGACAGAAACAGCGUCUGGAAGCAGUUCUGCACGAGUUCCAGGUCAAAGAUAACUGAUCCUUAUUUGAAGGCCAUGUUUGCGUUCUUGACCGCCGAAAAUCACAACUACGACAAUAUUUUAAACGAGCCUGGAAUUUCGAUAGGAGACAGAGUGGCUUUCGCAUGCAUGUUCUUGCCGGACAAUAAACUUAUAGAGUAUUUAAAUAAUUUGACUGAACGACUGACAGAAGAAGGGAACUUGGAUGGGCUUUUAUUAACUGGAAAUGAUACUGAUGGUCUAAAUUUGUUACAAAAGUACUUGGACGUAACGGCAGACAUUCAAUCAACAGCCUUAAUAGCUGUACGGGCAUUUUAUACCAAAUUGGGCGAUGAAACAGUUAAAUUAUGGAUUGAAAGUUAUAGAAAUCUACUGGAUACGUGGAAACUGUGGCACGAACGGGCUGAAUUCGAUAUUAAACUGGCGAUGUACCGACCAAUGGAGAAACCCCCUCUGCAAGUUUUCCUAUCGUGCAAUUUCUGUGGUAAAAGUAUAUCGGAUUAUUUCGGCUUAAACAGAGGCAGGAGCCCUUACUCCCGCAUGGGAACCACCGGAAACAAAGUUAAAAUUUCCUCCUGUCCGAAUUGUCGUAAACCUCUUCCCAGGUGUGCAAUUUGUUUAAUGUACAUGGGUACGACGACGGGAGACAUAGAUCAGUCGAAAAUAGCAGAUUUCGAAAGUUGGUUCACGUGGUGUCAGAGUUGCAGGCACGGGGGACACGCUGAACACAUGCUGCAAUGGUUUAAUGAGCAUCAGGACUGUCCAGUCACGGGGUGCAUGUGUAAGUGUUACGCAAUCGAUGCUGGCAACACCUAAUUAUUUAUACAUGUUUUUAUUUUAAUAAACUAAUUAUUUUGUA